AUGGCGUGGUCCAAAUCGACGCGCAUCAAGGUGAUGCUCGUCAUCGACGUCAUGUUCUUCCUGCUCGAAUUGGGCGUCGGCUUCGCCGUCCAGUCGCUCGCCUUGAUGGCCGACGCCUUCCACAUGCUCAACGACAUCAUCUCCCUGCUUGUCGGGCUGUGGGCGGUCUCGGUGGCCAGCAAAGCGACGACUGACAGAUUCUCAUACGGGUGGCUCCGCGCCGAAAUACUUGGCGCCUUUUUUAAUGCUGUUUUCCUCAUCGCCCUCUGCGUGUCGAUUGUCCUCGAAGCGCUCACGCGACUUAUCGAUCCACCGACAAUCGGGAACCCCCAGCUGAUUCUGAUUGUCGGCUGCCUUGGUCUGGCUUCAAACUUGGGCGGCUUUCUGGUGCUGGGCGGACACGGCCACUCGCACGGUCCUGGGGAACACAGUCACGGCGAGCACGAACACGACCACGGCGAGGCCCAUGAGCAUGCCGACGGAUAUUACGGCGUUGAUGGGGCCGAGGAGGGACAUGCCGGUGUUGUGGGUGGUCUGCCGAAUAUUGCAGACGAAAACGGACGCGUGGCCGACCUAUUGCCGGAGGUUGCUGUAGCACGAUAUCAUACCGCUUCUGCAGGCCCCGAAACGCCGCCGCGCCACAUAAGAUUUGAGCACGAGGGCGCGCGCUCCGAGCCUAUUGAGCGAUGCGGCAGUCGCGCUUCGGUACGCUCUAGGGGAGUGGACCGGCGCACACCUAGCGGCGUGAGACACGGUCGUCUCACUAGCAUUGAGGACAUCAGCAUCCACCCCGCAAGCUUCCGGCAGGAUAUCAUUGACGCCAGCCGGUCUCGUCACGAGGAGGAGUCCAGCAGUGAGAGCAGCGAGAGCAGUGUUGGUGACGACGAGACUGCCGUUUUGGACGAGACAGGACCCGCCGAAGACACGCCUCUGCUUGGGAAGAACGGCCACGGCCACGGCCACGGCUACAGCCACGGCUCGAGCUACGGAGCGCACGAAGAUCCGGGACGCCGACGGAGCUCCGAAGUCCACCAUGCGCACAACCACAACAAGCCGAAGAAGUCGGUCAGCAAGAGCCACGGCCACAGCCAUGGCGACAUGGGUAUGAACGCCAUGGUACUGCACGUCAUUGGGGAUGCGCUGGGCAACGUGGGAGUUAUUGCCACGGCGCUCGUCAUCUGGCUGAGCGACUGGAAGUGGCGCUUCUAUGCGGACCCUGCUGUGUCUCUGUUCAUCACGCUCAUCAUCCUCCGCUCCGCCAUCCCUCUCACCAUUGCUGCAUCCAAAAUCCUCCUACAGGCGACGCCUGACAACAUCGAUCUCAAGGAGGUUCGAGAGGACAUCCAGAACCUUCCAGGGGUCAUCAGCUGUCACCACGUGCACAUCUGGCAGCUCUCAGACACGAAGCUCGUAGCGUCGAUGCACAUUCAAGUCGAGUUCCCUAUCUCGGAAGCCGGCGGCGAGCGGUACAUGGAGCUUGCCAAGAUGGCACGCAAGUGUCUCCACGCGUACGGCAUCCACAGCGCUACCAUCCAGCCCGAGUUCUGCCUCGAUGAGGGACACGACCAUGGCGACGACACAAGGCUGCAGAUGGACGGCGCAUUGACGGCGCCAAAGUGCGGCAAGGCCGAGAACAAUCUCUGUCUCCUCGAGUGCGUUGACAACUGCACUGAUCAGGGCUGCUGCUUGAGUUCGGGUUCACAAGGGUCGCGGCCGGAGAGCAGCCAUUCCGGUCACAGUCACUCGGACCACAGCCAUUUGGAGCACAACCAUUCGGAGCAUAGCCAUCAUUGA